AUGGCCGAUCCAACCACCAAUCCCCCCGACAAAGAUCCUGAGAUCGUGGCAGAAACUACCGAAACCACACUCACCCUGGGACCCAAAAUCGACAGGCUACACACCCCUACAACUCCUAGUACGACACGGAGGCCAUCAGUGCAAUCGCGUAGCUCUAGCUCUAUGAACGGCCCUCUAUACAUGCAGAAUAGCAACAAGAAGGUCCUGAUCCGGAGAAUCAAGAGGAAAGGUGAUGGGCCCAUGAAGAACCUGGCUCGCUGGCUACUGGAUAACCAAGCAGGCUUGUCUUUCAACCUCAUCGCUUUGGUUGUUCUUGCCCAUGUCUUCAUUCCCAAGGCACGCCAGCAUACUCCCAAAUUCCUCACUCUUUCGUACUACAACCCGGCGACGGGCAAGUACGCGAUUGGAGGCGAUGACUACUACUUCAUCUCCUUCUGCGUUGUGCUCUUCACUGGACUCCGCGCUGCGAUCAUGGAAUACAUAUUGGCGCCACUAGCCAGGCAUUGCGGGAUAGCGAAGAGGAAGGACAUAACGAGAUUCUCGGAGCAAGCAUGGCUACUGAUCUACUACAGCGUGUUCUGGACCUUAGGCAUGUACAUCUACUGCAAGUCGCCAUACUUUCUGAACAUGAAAGAGCUAUGGACGGACUGGCCGAACAGGGAACUCGACGGCAUCAUGAAAGGGUACAUGCUGGCGCAGUGGGCAUUCUGGCUCCAACAAGUCCUUGUGAUCAACAUUGAGGAACGCCGGAAAGACCACUGGCAAAUGCUCAGUCAUCACUUCAUCACGAUCACGCUAAUCUCUGCGUGUUACUGCUACAACCACACCCGGAUCGGCAAUCUAAUCUUGGUCCUCAUGGAUAUUGUUGACCUGUUUUUUUCGCCUGCGAAAUGCCUGAAAUACAUGGGUUAUUCUACCGCGUGCGACAUCAUGUUCGGGUUUUUCGUCGUCUCGUGGUUCUUCGCCCGCCACUUGUUCUAUGGCAUGGCAUGCUGGAGCAUUUACACAGAUGCACCGGCGAUCAUGCCUAUGGGCUGUUUCCAUGGAAGCCACGCAAACUUCACGGGGCCUACCCCCCUCCCCGAAGGAUGGAGUCACUACCUAGAGCCCUUUAAAGAUCAACAGGGCGCACUGUGCUUUUCCGAAUCGGUAGUGUGGGCAUUCCUGUAUCCAUUGCUGGCGCUUCAAGCCAUCACCAUCUUUUGGUUCUUCAUGAUCGUCAGAGUGGUUAUUCGGGUGCUGAAGGGCGGUGUUGCUGAUGACCCUCGAAGUGACGAUGAGGCGGAAGAAGACGAGUUUGAGGAAGAGUUCGAAGUGGAAGAGGCUCAACCGGUUGAGGAGGAGGUAGGCGUCGACGCCAUUGAUCUGAAGUGUUGGGAGCGGCGAACGGGCGUCAAGAGGAGUGCUUCUUCCUCAGCUGUCAGCUUACCCGGCCAUAGCGACCGUAAGGAAUUGCUCGGCCGCAUUGGGUGCGAGAAGCAAGUGGAAUGA